UGACAAUGUCAACGUUUGGCAUAUUAUUAUUAUUGCUAUUAUCCUGUACAUUAAUCACUACCAUGAGUGUUGGGAUGGUUGAUCCGUAUUACAGUGUUUCUAGUCAUACAUUGAAUGACUUUGAUUUGACCCAGUUGGAUGGGCACUGGUACUCAGUUUACAACCGAAGUCCCAUAAAUGGUGUCUGUCCACAACUUAACAUCAAAGUUGGUGAUGGAAGUGUGAAUGUGGUGGAAAGUUUGGGAAACAAUACGGUAUUCAAUGAGAAAUUAGUGCCAAACAGUUAUUUAAAGGGCAAAUUGGAAAAGUUGGUGUCAAUGGGCACCUGGACAGCUGCCUUACCCUGGUAUGUGCUGCAAGUGGACCCUCUGUUAGUCGUAUAUAAAGUGGUAACC